CGACAUCAAACAUUCACAACGGCGGAUUGAUUCGCAACAAAGAGGGAAUCAUGCCUAUUAUCAAACCUGCCCAUGUUGCUCCGGGUGCCCCUGCGCAACACAAACAGCCAUCACGAAAAGGCAAGAAGGCGUGGAGAAAAAAUGUCGAUGUUACCGAGAUUCAAGAGGGGCUUGAAGAAGUGCGAGAGGAAAUUAUCAAAGGUGGUGUCAUAGUGGAAAAAGAUUCAGCAGAUCUCUUCACAGUUGACACAGCCGGCGAUGUCUCGAUACCCAAGAAAUUCUUGAAGAAUUCCAAACCACUUAAAGCCGACGAAAUUAUUGCUCAACGCUCUGUCAUCCCUGCAGUCUCCCUUCGAAAACGAGCUGGCGACAAGACUACAGACGGCAUUAUCGAAGCGAAGCGUCAGCGCACAAGUUAUAUCACUCACAAAGAGCUCUCACGUCUACGCAAAAUUGCAGAUGGUCGAGGGUCGCAGACCACAGUCGAAGUCACUGAGGCGAGCUACGAUCCGUGGGACGUACAGAAAGAUAUCGACGAAGCAGCUCAGGACCCACGCUUUUCUUUCCUCGAGAAGUCGAUGAAGAAAGUAGCCCCUCAAACAUUGAAGCAGAAGCCUAUCUCAUUGGCAGCGAGUGGAAAGAAUAUUCCAGCCGUCAAGAAGCCUGAAGGAGGAUUCAGCUACAAUCCCAUGUACGAAGACUACGAAGAGCGGUUGAUGACAGCGGGCGAGAAGGAAUUGGCAGCCGAACAGAAACGACUUGCGGUCAAAGAAGCGGAGCGGGUGAAGCAAGAAGCAGCAGCCAAGUCUGCAGCGGAGGCCGAGGCGGCAGAAGCGAGAGCAGAUUUAUCGGAAUGGGAAGAAGAUUCUGCAUGGGAAGGUUUCGAGAGUGGUACUGAAGAAGUGAAGCUGAAUGCCAAGCGACCAGAAAGGAAGACUCAGGCCCAACGGAAUAAGAUAAAGCGGAGGAAGGAGGAAGAGAGAAAGGUGAAGAUGGCUGCCAAUGACCGGAAGAAGGCCGAACAGACCGCACAGAUCAAGAAAAUUGCCAAGGCUCUUAACGAAAAUGAGCAAGCGAAGAAGAUGGCUCUCGUCAAAGAUGAUGAUAGCAGUAGCGAGGGCGAUGACCUUGAGCUUCGAAGAAGGAAGUUGGGCAAGCUUCUUCUGCCAGAGAAAGAUCUAGAGCUGGUCCUACCAGAUGAGUUACAGGAGUCCUUGAGAUUGUUGAAGCCCGAGGGUAACUUGUUGAAGGAGCGUUACAGAAAUUUGCUGGUCAGGGGCAAACUUGAGAGUCGAAGACCAGUUGCCUUUCAUAAGAAGCCAAAGCGGAAGGCGACGGAAAAGUGGACCCACAAGGAUUUUAUGUUGCAUUAGAUCGCUGGAAUCGAUGUCUGAGUCAAGUCCAAUCUUGAUGCGAGGCUUUGUGUGUUUGACAGUGAUUUCUUUGUUCUCUUACUUUGUCGGGUGCUUUGAGUCUCUUUAGCUACCUUCUUUACUGCAUGCAGAAAGUUCUGACACAUACCCC